CUUUCGGAACAACGGAAAAAGAAUCUUGGUUCAUUUUCAUCCUUUCUUGUUGAACAGCGUUUGGAGAAGGUGAAAAAUGGCUAAGACUUCUGAAAAGAAGGGGAAAAGUGCCAUUAACGAGGUAGUGACUCGUGAAUAUACUGUGAAUCUUCACAAGCGUCUUCAUGGUGUUGGAUUUAAGAAGCGUGCUCCACGAGCCAUCAAGGAGAUCAGGAAAUUUGCAGAAAAGCAGAUGGGAACGCCUGAUGUUAGGAUAGAUACGCGUCUCAAUAAGCAAUUAUGGUCAAAAGGCAUCAGGAACGUUCCUUUCAGAGUUCGUGUAAGACUAAGCAGAAGGAGGAACGACGAUGAGGACUCCGCGAACAAGCUGUAUACUCUUGUCACAUAUAUACCUGUUUCGUCGUUCAAGGGACUCCAAACUGAGAAUGUAGAUGCUAGCCAAGAUUAAUGUAUUUCUAUAUAAUAAAUAAUGACGAACCGAA